GUUUUUUUGUUUCGCAUGUGCAGUUUUGUAAAGCAAAAUCGAGAUGCAAUCUCUCGCAGGUCUUCAGUCUGCAGCGUUCACUCACCUAAAGAGCAGCAGAGGUCACUGCAGAAGAUGUCCAUAUGGGAGCAGCGCACCAACCAGCUGCGCAGACACAAUCUGCGCAACAGCAGUGAGGCCCUUUUCAACGAACUAGAGCCCGAAGAGCGUCUGCACAUGUCUUCUGCGCUGCAUCUGCGGCCCGACAUGAAGACCCACCACGAUCGGCCUCUGGUGGUGGAACAUCGAGACGGCACUGUGGACAAUUCCAGGACUGACGGAGAUGGGGACAGUAGAGAGUGUCAACCGACAAAGAAGCCCCAACGAUGUCGAGGAGAGAACGGAGAUGCAGGGGAGGGGCGGCAGCAUAGACACCACAGCCGAAACAGAGAGCACCAGGGCGGCCUGGAGCGCAGCAGCAGUCAGGAUGGGGGACACAUGAACCACAUGGGUGGCUCUCCUGAGGAGGGCAUAGGGAUGGAGGAGAGAGAACACAGACACCACCAUUCUCGCCGAUCUAGAGAGCUCAACGGGAACGGAAACGGCCCGAUCGGUAAUGGAGGCAGGGGUGAGAGUAGGGUUCGAGGUCACAAAGAGGGCGAAGGAGGGAAUGGAGAGAGGAGGAGACACCGGCCCCGUGUUAAAGCCCAGUCCACACUGGAUGGAGAAGAAUGCAAGGAGAAUGGUGGAAAACGCAGGGGCAGACCGACAGAAACAGACAGCCUAGCCACCAGCCCUCUCCAGUCUCCUACUGAUGAGAAGCCAGAAGUCACGGAUAAUCUAAAAAACAGCACCAGAGCAGGCCCAACCGGAGUCAACAUCCCCGUCACCAUAACUGCCCCGCCAGGAGAGACCACAAUCAUCCCCAUGAACAACAUUGAUGGUGACAGUCUUCUGCUGAACGAGGAAAAGAAGGAUCUUGAUGAGCUAAAUCAGAAUGCGCCCAAACACAUUCUGCCAUACAGCUCCAUGUUUGUGUUUGGUCCAACUAACCCAGUGAGACGGCUGUGUCAUUAUGUGGUGAACCUGAGGUAUUUUGAGAUGUGUAUCCUCACAGUCAUCACCAUGAGCAGCAUCGCUCUCGCUGCUGAAGACCCUGUGCAGGCCAAUGCCCCCCGCAAUGACGUGCUGAAAUAUCUAGAUUACGUCUUCACUGGUGUGUUCACAUUUGAGAUGGUUAUAAAGAUGAUUGAUCUUGGGCUGCUGUUGCAUCCUGGGUCUUACUUCAGGGACCUGUGGAACAUACUGGACUUCAUCGUAGUCAGCGGCGCUCUGGUGGCCUUCGCCUGCUCAGGGACUAAAGGCAAGGACAUCAACACCAUCAAGUCCCUAAGGGUCCUUCGAGUCCUGAGGCCCUUAAAGACCAUCAAACGUUUGCCCAAACUCAAGGCCGUGUUUGACUGCGUAGUGAACUCUCUGAAGAAUGUGCUCAACAUCCUCAUCGUUUACAUCCUCUUCAUGUUCAUCUUCGCCGUCAUUGCUGUGCAGCUUUUCAAGGGGAAGUUUUUUCACUGCACCGAUGAGUCCAAAGCCCUGGAGAAGGACUGCAGGGGGCAGUUCCUGGAGUACGGCAGUGAUGGAGUGGCCUUGACGCAGCCGCGCGAGUGGAAGAAGUAUGAUUUCCAUUAUGACAACGUCCUGUGGGCCUUUCUGACCCUGUUCACUGUCUCUACAGGAGAGGGCUGGCCAACAGUGCUGAAACAUUCUGUAGAUGCCACAUUUGAAGACCAAGGUCCCAGUCCGGGUUAUCGCAUGGAAACCUCCAUCUUCUACGUGGUCUACUUUAUCGUCUUCCCCUUCUUCUUUGUCAACAUCUUUGUGGCUUUGAUCAUAAUCACGUUCCAGGAGCAGGGAGAUAAAGCCAUGUCAGAGUGCAGCUUGGAAAAGAACGAGCGAGCUUGUAUCGACUUUGCCAUCAACGCCAAACCUCUGACCCGCUACAUGCCGCAGGACAAGCAGUCUUACCAGUACAAGAUGUGGAAGUUUGUGGUGUCCACUCCGUUUGAGUACUCCAUCCUGACCAUGAUCGCCAUCAACACGGUGGUCCUCAUGAUGAAGUUCCAUGAUGCUCCUAAACCGUAUGAGGACAUGUUAAAGUGGCUGAACAUCAUCUUCACGGCUCUCUUCACACUGGAGUGCAUUCUCAAGGUCAUCGCCUUCGGCCCUCUGAAUUACCUGAAGGAGGCAUGGAACAUUUUUGACUUUGUUACUGUUCUGGGGAGCAUCACAGACAUUCUGGUUACUGAGAUCAAG